AUGUACACUUUGAUCGUGGUUGUGGCGGUUGGCGGCAACUCCUUGGUGUGUGCCAUAGUUCUGGUCAACAAGCGAAUGAGAACAGUGACGAAUAUAUUCAUCGUGGCGCUCUGCUGUAGUGAUAUCCUCAUGGCGUUACUCUGCAUUCCGUUCACAUUUGUUUCCAAUUUAUUGGUGUUAUACUGGCCGUUUGGAGAAAUUAUGUGCCCGGUUGUUAAUUUCAUGCAAGUUUCUUCGGUUUUGAUGAGUGCCUUAACUUUGGUAGGUAUAAGUUUUGACCGCUAUGCCGCGAUCAUUUACCCUUUGCGCCCAAGGACAACAAAGUAUCAGUGCGGAGUGGCUAUUGCCAUCAUAUGGGCAUUGGCAACAGGGGUCUCUCUUCCGACUGCUGUAACUUCAAAGGUGAUGUACAAUGGCUCUCACGGACUCUGUCUCGAAGACUGGGGAGAUGAAACACAACUGUACUCUUACAGCUUGGCUAUAAUUAUCUUGCAGUAUUUUUUGCCUUUGGCUGUAUUGAUAUUCACUUAUGGAAAAAUUGGCUACGUCAUUUGGAUUAAACGGCCUCCGGGAGAAGCUGAGAAAAAGCGGGAUCAAAGACUGGCGGAAUCCAAACGAAAGAUGGUGAAGAUGAUGAUUGUAGUUGUGGUGACGUAUGCUGUGUGCUGGCUGCCCUUCCAUACCCUGACUAUGGCUGGAAAUCGAGAUCCUUCCAUCUACAAUCCACCUUACAUGCGGAUUGUUUGGGUCUGUGCUCACUGGUUGGCAAUGAGCAAUUGUUGCCUCAAUCCCAUUAUUUAUUUCUGGAUGAACUCGAAGUUUCGCAGCUCGUUACGAUAUCUCGUGCGUUGCCUACCGUGCAUUCAGAGCGACAUAAAGAGCUCCGAGUAUGUAGUGGAGAGACGGAGCGGUACAUACACAACCUCGCUUAAGUCUACCUUCAACAAUGGAUGUAUGCAACAAAGACACGUGUAG